GGUUUUAUAAACUUAUAAGGUAUAAUACAACUUACUGUUAUUAUUUUAUUAUUAUUUUAUUAAAAGGUAGAUUGUUUUUUGUUUGUUUAUUAUAAAUAUAAAAUUUUAUUACAUUUUACAUUUAAUAUAUAAAGACUUCAUUACAUAUUCUGAAUCAUUUUCUACUCUUAUAAUAGGUUAAUUUAAGAUAACAGUUUACUCAUUUAUUUUCUACUAUUUGUAUUAUAUUUCUAUUAUAUUUAUAAUAAUAUUUCUUCAUUCAUCCUUAUAUGUGUUGUAGUGCAUUAUGUCAUCCAUACCUACUUCGGCAGCCGCUAUGAGUUCCAAAGUUGUGGCAAAAAAUGCCCCCGGCCAAAAGAGUGACAUCGCUUGGAAGCAUAGUCAUUCCGUUGAUGGGAGCAAUCGAAAGUUGCAAUGUAACUAUUGUAGCAAAGUCUUUUCUGGCGGUCCUUUUCGGAUGAAGCAUCACUUGGCGGGAACCCAGAAAGAUGUUGCUGCUUGUAAUGCAGUUAGUGAUGAAGUGAAGCAACUUAUGUGGGAUCUCGUUGUCACCGACAAGGUGAAGAAGCAUAGCGAGCGCGAUGAUGAUGACGAGGAUGCACACACAGGUGAAAAAAGAAAACUGAAUCAAGUGGAAGGCCAAUCAUCUAAUGCUUGCUUCAAUUCCUUCAAAAAGAAAGGAGUUACUACUCAAGCAACCAUUAAUACCAUGUACAAAAAAAACCUUAGAGAGGAUGCUUGCCAAGCGAUCUGUAGAUUUUUCUAUAACAAUGCUAUAGCAUUCAAUGCCGCGAGAAGUGAAGAGUUUUUUAAUAUGUGUGAGUUGAUCGCAAAGCAUGGUCCUGGUUUCAAACCGCCAUCCUAUCAUGAAAUAAGAGUGAAGUACCUAAAGCAAGAAGUGGACCUGACAGAAGCUGUUGUGAAAGAGCACAGAGAAGAGUGGAAGAAAACAGGUUGCACUAUAAUGAGUGAUGGAUGGAGUGAUACCAAAAAAAGAACUUUGAUUAAUUUCUUAGUGAACAGCCCAAAGGGAACAGUUUUUUUGAAAUCUAUUGAUGCGUCUGAUAUAGUUAAGUCUUCGGACAAAAUUUUUAAGAUGUUGGAUGACGUUGUCGAGGAUGUUGGUGAGGAGAAUGUCAUUCAAAUUGUGACCGACAAUGCAACAAACUAUAAAGCUGCUGGAGAGCUGUUGAUGCAAAAGAGGAAAAGGUUGUACUGGACACCUUGUGCAGCACAUUGCAUAGACCUCAUGCUGGAAGAUUAUGAGAAAAAGAUUCCCGUUCAUGGCGAGACGAUCCCAAAAGGUAGAAGAAUUACUACCUUUAUUUAUUCUAGGACCCCACUCAUUUCUUUGUUACACCAUUACACAAACAAUAGAGAUUUAGUGAGACCGGGCAUGACUCGUUUUGCCACGUCAUAUUUAACUUUGGGAUGCCUUCAUGAGAAAAAAGGUGCACUGAUUAGAAUGUUCACAUCCCGAGCGUGGAAGUCAACAAGAUAUGCCAAGACCAGCGAUGGAAAGUUUGUUGAAGAUAUUAUUUUGGACAAAGAAUUUUGGAAGAAUAUCGUGACGUGUUUGAAGGCUGCACUUCCUCUUAUUGAAGUGCUUCGUUUGGUUGACUCAGACGAAAAACCAGCGAUGGGAUUCAUAUAUGAGGCAAUGGAUCGAGCUAAAGAAAAAAUACAAAGUGCUUUCAACAAUGUCAGAAAAAGUUACUUGCCUUUGUGGAACGUUGUGGAUGAAAGAUGGGACAAACAGUUGCAUAGACCUUUACAUGCUGCUGGCUAUUAUCUAAACCCCCAGAUGCAGUAUAGUCCCAAUUUUAAAGCUGACUUUGAAGUUAAAAAAGGUUUGUACGACUGCAUCACUCGCAUGGUAGCUGAUGUUGAAGUACAAGCAAAGAUAGAUAUCCAGCUCGAUGAUUUUAAGAAACGUGCAAAUCUGUUUGGCACUCCUUUAGCGAGAAAGACACUAGAUAAAAAGAGUCCAUCAGACUGGUGGGAGUCGUACGGAGACGAGUAUCCUGAGCUUCAAAAGUUUGCCAUUCAAGUACUAAGCUUGACAUGUUCUUCAUCUGGUUGUGAACGUAAUUGGAGUGCGUUCGAGAUGGUAUGUAUUAUAAUAUUUUUUUUCUAAUAAUUAUUUUUAGAAUAAAUUUUUAAUUUGUUUUCCAUAAUAUCUAUUUAAUUAGGUCCACACAAAGAGAAGAAAUCGUUUAAAGCAGAAAACAAUGAACGAUCUUGUAUUCAUUAUGACUAAUUCAAAGUUGGCAAAACGGAAGAAGGCAAGGAAAUCAUCGCAACUCAUACUCGAUGAUCUUUCAACUGACGAUGAGUGGAUUAUGGAAGAUGCUAUUGGAGAGGAUGAAGUAGGUGUAGAUGCUGACAACUUAGUUAUGGA